CCGCGCUAUCCGUUCCUGUGGUACUCCCGCUGACGUCUUUACCAUCACCACAUCGCGACCUAGCGACGCCAAUCUCUUCGUCAGAAAUUGAGAGACACUUCGGCGACGAUCAGUAUCGCGUUGUGCGACAUCACCGUAAGAUCACGUUGUGGUGUUUUUGAUCGUUGUGUAUUUGUUCUCUGUUUUCGAGUGAUGCGAUUUAUUCACAACGUGCUAUGACAUACAUUUAUUGUUUAGUUUUGCGUAAAACGCAAUAAUUUAUCAUAGAAAAUAUAUCAUUGGAAAAUAAACUUUAAAGUUUAUAAUUUGGUUUGACAAUCAACUAAUCUCGAAUAUGGAUCUGUUCGAUAAUUAUAAUAAAACAUUGGAGGAGGUAUACCCUUCGCUUUUUUAUCCAAACGAAGACGAUGAUCAUUCUGUACUGGAUAUGGACACUCUGGUCACAUUAAAAACUAAUGCUACACGUAGUUAUGAACCUGUCCGAAAAAAAUUUUAUUUUGGUGAUGAAAAUAAUGAGAUCGAUGGUACCGGCUGGUUAUACAAACCUACUAAAAACUGGUGUCAAGAGGAAACAAUAAAUUGGUUGAUGACUGCAGCAUCUACAAUUGGACAACCAUAUAGUCUAAUUCAACAUAGUCUUGCGGUACCAGGAAACGAAUUGAUCACCUUCACUAAAGACGAUUUUAAGGCUCACGAUCCCACAUACGGAGAUAAGCUCUAUGACUUACUCCCUCCUCAACAUAUGUUUUCACCACUUGAUACCAUUCAUCCUCAUUUCGAGGACGAAUAUACGCGAAUUAAUUCCAGUAGUACAUCAGAUGCAGAAUCAGAUAAUAAUAGUAUUGACGUUUCCACUACUAAACGAUCGCCGGGUAGACCAAGAAUAUUAAAACCAAAAAAAAAUUCUACCAGCCAAGGAAAGCUUUGGGAAUUCAUUAGAGACUUGUUACGUAAUCGCGAAACAUGUCCAAGUUUAAUCUGUUGGGAAGAUUAUUCUCAGGCAAAAUUUCGAUUCGUUAAAAGCGACGAAGUCGCAAAACGAUGGGGUUCAAGAAAGGGAAAUACAAAAAUGACAUAUGAAAAAUUGAGCCGAGCAAUGAGGUAUUAUUAUAAAAGUAAAAUCUUUCAACCCGUACUUGGUAAAAGAUUAGUUUAUCAAUUUGGACCAAAUGCAAAAGGUUGGCAAACUGACAAUCCGAACUUUCGGCGUUAAAAAUUUAGGAUUUCAUUUUUUGUAAAAAAUGUACAAAAAAUCUGUAAAUGUAUUUUUGAUACCAGAUAAGAAAUUGAAGUAUUUUGAUAGUGAAAUGAAGUGAUUUAAAAUGAAGCGUUUAAAAUAUCGAUAAUUAUAAAAGACUAAGAAAAAAUGGAUCUAGUAUUAUAGAUAAUAUACACUGAUUAGAUUUAAAUAAUCUAAAGAAAGGUAUGAAUGAAUAAAAAUGUCGAGAUUUUUCACAUUUUUAUACGUAUGAUUGAUUAUGAAAAUACGUGAUAGGCGAAAUGUGAGUACGAAUUAAUUUAGUCUCAUAAGAUUGUUUUUCAAUUUAUUUGAUUUUAAGCAUAUAUCAUAAUAGUUUAUUUUACAUAAAAAGUAUACAUAUUAUAAUCAAGAAAGGCAAUAAUUCUUUGACUUAUGAUCAAAUAAAUUUAUGAUUACUUAUUUUUAUAUAUCACAGAGUUGUGUAUUACAUACCUUAAUCUGGAAGCAUAAGUACUUUUUAAAUUGGACCUGGAUUAUAAAUAAGAUGCAGGCCAAUUUCAAAAAAAGGAAAUUAAAUUAUGAAUUCUUAAGCAAUAGAUCAUCAUUAAAUUUUUUUUCCUAAAAUAAUUUUAAAGGAAUCCCAGAAAAAGUAAUUAUAUUAUUUUCUUUAUGAAUUAUGAAUUCAGAUAAAAAAACGAAUUUCAAUUUAUAUUAAUUAAUUUUUUAGUUUCGUUAAUGAUUAAUUAUUAGGUGUGGAUACUUAUUCUAUAGCACAUGCAAGAAAGCUGGCAAAUAUAUUUAUAUUUUUAAAAAAUUCUGGACGAUUUGAUUAAUGAUUAAUAAAUAUAUAAUAAUAUUAAAUAUUAAACUUCAAGAUAUAUAAUACCGCGACGGAAGAAGAUAUGCCAGUAACAAGCAUGCAUUUUUUUUUUUUAAUUCUUUAAAAUUAUUUAUAUAUUAUUGGAUUAUAUCUAAUUUGAGCGAACUUGAAAUCGUUGUUUGUAUAAUAAAUAUAUGUAUAGUAAUAAGAACCACGAUUGCAGUUAUUAACUUGAUUAUUUUUAAAUAUAUGCAUUUAAAGAAAUAUUACUCAAACGAAAUAUUUAUGCAACCAGGAGGUAUAUACUUAAAUAUUUUUGUUACUAUUAUUUGAAAAUUAUUUUUAUAAUUUUAAUUGGAAAAGCUGACAUAUCACUUUUGAAACUACAUAAAACGUUAAUUUUAUAAUCAAUUAUGUAUAACGUCAGCAAUUAUCAAAAAGGCACAAAUCGUAAAUAAUUUCUACUUUAAAGUACGCAUUAGCGGCUGUGUUUGAUAUUCAUAUUGAUAUUGAUAAGAAUGUAUUUAUGUAAGAUAACUUACAGAAACAAUCAAAUGUGAUCUUUGGUUUAUAUAUAUAUAUAAAAAAAAUAUAAUAUAUAAUAAUAUUAAAAAUUCUA